UCUGUAUCAUAUCUGUGUGUGGUUUCUUUUUUGGAUUCUGUCACUUGUCGUGGUGAGGGAUUCACAGCCACUCCUUUGGCGAGCGAAGUGCCUGUUUUGGCGCUCCGACGAGAGUCCACAAUUUUUUUCUUCCUUUUGGGAACUUCGUUUUUCUUCACCCACCAAACCCUCUCAACCUCCCCGUUGACCUCCCACCACCACCACUCGAGUUUGUGGUGAUUACCCCCUGGAGGUCGUAUUAUUUCCAUUUCCCCGUCGAGUUGCAUCUCGCUGUGGUUCGUUUUGGUUCCCCGAUCCCGUUUUGUCAAACUGGAUCCUGGAACGUGUGAACCCCCAUCGCUUCUUUUUUUUUUCGCGACCUGACAUCACAACCCAUCAUCCAACCUACCACUCACCGUUGAAGUGAUCGCAACACCACCUGUCUAAUGACAUCGAUCUCUCAGAAGCCGGGCCUUCAACCUCAGGGACAGAGCAACACCAACCAGGCUGCCUCUCAAGCGCACUCUGCCUCGCCCUCUGUCAGUGGGAAGUCGUCGCCCCUGGCACCUGUGCCGGCGCCUGCAUCGUCUACGGGCAACAGGACCUACGCCAGCGCCACCAAGAAAGCCGCCGAUUCUACCGGCGCUCAACAUGGAAAAUCGCCCUCUAUCUCUCCAGUGAACGGCAGACCCAUGCAGCAAUCUCAGUCAUCGGGAGUGACCAUCGUCAAUGGUGCUCCCGCCCAGCAACCGCCCCAGGGCGACCAUUCCCGAAAGCCCUCGGUGACCAUCAGCUCUGCUGGCACAACCGGCUAUAUCCCCAACGGUGGUUCGGCCCCAAGCCGUCCUAACAACAUCCAGUUUGGUGCGUUGGACCAGCCGGGCGCGAGCUCUCCCAAUAUGGGAAACCCUGCCGCGUUGGCAAACCAGUCGCCCGGAAACCUGGGCGUUGCGCCCUCGAUGAACCCCCGAAUCACUUCUCCGCAGACAUCCCCAUCCCCGAUUCCUCAGCCUGCCUCAAGUGGCGGCAGGCCGCCAUCGACGUAUCAGUCUCAGGGCAAUCCGAUGAACUUUGGAAGCUUUGGAGAGUCGGGAGAUGCCAAUAUGCGUUCUACACCGCAAGGACCUCUGGGACCUGGUCCCCAGCCGAGUCACCUGCGCCGCGAAUCCUCCCAGUCGGCUCAUAGCGACAUGAGCAACCACAUGGCUGGCGGUCCCGCUGGCCCUGGACGUGGUGGCUACCCUCACCAGGGCGGCAGAGGCCGCGGAUACUCACAAUCCGGCUAUCAGGGACAGAUGCCGUACUCGCCAGGCCCCAGCUUCCGAGCGACGCCUAACCAACCUAGAGGUGGACCGAAUAUGGGACCCCAGUUCCAUGGACAUAACCAAGGACGCCCUCUCGCUCCUCCGUUCCCGAAUUCGCCGCAGGCAAACCGCAGCCCUGCCCUUGCGAACUCGCAUCCUGUUACUCCCCAGAUGAAUCAAGUACCCAUGGCGCACCCGCAGAUGCAACCCCAGCAUUACGGAUACCAGCAACAUAUGGGACCCCAAGCUGGCUAUCCUCAUGCGUACGACCCUAAUUAUGGGUACUACAACGCCGCAUACGGCAUGCAGCCGAUGCAGUACAUGACCCCUCCGUCGCCUCAGCCCCGUCCCGGCAUGCCAUACAACCCCCAGGCACCGUACAUGCAGAACCAGUAUCCCGCUGCGGUCCCCGCUGCUGCGGGAGCGACACCGUUGUCGCGUACCCCGUCGCAGAUGUCCAAUGACCGACCCGGUUCCAGCCUUGGUCAAGGAGCCCCAGCUGGUCCUCCUGGCCCUGGCCAUGCUCACAGUACCAGCAGGACAUCCAACAGCCCCGCUCCCCCGAAGAACCACUUCAUCAUCCCUCCUACGAAGAAGAGCCCUCUGGUCAUCAAGGAUCCCGGUAGCGGUGCCGUCAAGACCUUCGAGAAACAGCCAGCUUCCCCCGCUCGUGGCACUCCUUCCCCGGUCAAGAUCUCCACGCCUCCUCCCCGCACUGGAAGCGCUGCCGACAAUGGCAAAUCUGAGCCUAGACAGAAGACCGAUGAGGAGAAGAAGCAAGAGCUCAAGGAGGCUGUCCGUCAGCGAAUUGAGCAAGAGGAGGCCGAGCAGCGUAAGAGGAAGGAAGAAGAGGAAGCUCGCAAGGCAAUGGAAGAGCUUUCGCUAAAGGAGAAGGAGGAGAAGGAGAAGGCCGAGAAAGAAAAGGCCGAAAAGGAGCAGGCCGAGAAGGAGAAGGCCGAGAAGGAGAAAGCUGAGAAAGAGGCUGCUGAAAAAGAGAAGGCUGAAAAGGAAGCUGCCGCCGCCAAGGAGGCCGAAGAAGCCAAGUCUCGUGCUGAAGAGCAGAAGAAGGCUGAAGAGUCCAAGAAGGCUGAGGAGAAGCCUGCUGAUGACGAUGAGAUCGAUUACGAUGCCAUCGAGCGCGAAUUGGCCGAGAUCGAGGCCAAAGAAGCUGCAGCAGAGGCCGACUACUACAGGAAGAAGCAGGCCGAGAAGGAGGAGAAGGAGCGCAAGGAGAAAGAGGAGCUUGAGGCGUACGAGCGUAACAUGAAGCAAGCUGAGCGCGAUGCUGAAGCUGCUGAGGAGGCCCGCAUGAAGAGACUGGAGGCUGGUGAUGACUCCUCAAAGAAGGAGGCCUUUGCCUCUCUCGCGAAGCGUGGCGAGUCAACUCCCGGUUCUGAGACGCCUGCUGACAGCGGGGCUGCUACUCCUGCCUCUGAAGCCUCCAUGGGACCGCCGGCGAAGCCUAGCGGACUCAAGCGCGACAAGCCUGCUGCGCUUAAGCUGGAGACCACCAAGGCUGUUGAGCCGCCUCAGCCCAGUGCUGCCAUGAAAUCGCUGCAGACUGCUCGCUUCCUUGAGGACCCUAGCAAGGUCAGCUAUCCUGCCUCAGUUGUGUCUCCCAAUCCGGCUUUGAACGCCAACGCUCCGGCGGACCGGAAAUUCAAGUACAACAAGGAGUUCCUGCUGCAGUUCCAGGAUGUCUUCAAGGAGAAGCCAUCUAUCGACUGGGACGCCCGUGUCCGCGAGACGGUUGGUGAUAGUGGCGACUCACGCCCGCAGUCCGCUCGUACGCCGUCGAUGGGUGGACGCAACACCUCUCGUCCUGGGAUCCCGCAGAACUUCCAGAUGGGCACCUUCGGACAGAUGCCUGGUUCGCGCCAGUCUCUGCCCCCUGGAACUACGUCGGAGCAGCGCCUUGCACUGUCGAACGCAGCUCGUUCUUCCAUGGGCGGCAACCCAUUCGGCUCCUUCGGUCGCCCUGGUCUGGGCAUGGGUGCUCCUUCUAUGAGCCGCUCUGCAUCAUCCUCCUUGCACGGUGGCCUUCCGCAGUCGCCUCGUAUGUCCAGCCGCGGUGGUACUCGUUCGGACAGCAAGCGCAGCAAGCAGGCUUCCAGGAAGGAAGAGGAAGCCAACAAGGCUAUGCCUCCUGUUUCUCAAAAGGAGUUCAAGGCCCUCACAUCUUCCACCGGCUGGAAGCCGCGCAGUGUGGGCCAGGCUGCUGCUGCCGCCGGUCCUGCUCCUGGCGGAGACGGCCUUAUGCCUCCGGAUGUGGUACAGCGCAAGGUUAAGGCCAAUCUGAACAAGAUGACGCCUGAGAACUUCGACCGUAUCUCAGGCCAGAUCCUCGAGAUUGUUUCUCAGUCCAAGGAGGAAACUGACGGCCGAACACUUCGCCAAGUUAUCCAGCUUCUUUUCGAGAAGGCCACCGAUGAGGCUCACUGGGCGCCUAUGUACGCCAAGUUCGCGAAGCGCAUGCUGGAGAGCAUGAGCCCCGAGAUCAAGGAUGAAAGCAUUCGUGACAAAAUGGGCAACGUCGUCGCUGGUGGUAGCUUGUUCAGAAAGUACCUCCUCAACCGUUGUCAGGAAGAGUUCGAGCGUGGUUGGAAGGUCAACCUGCCGCCGAAGCCCGAAGGUACCACCGAAGAGAUGGCCAUGAUGUCGGACGAGUACUACAUCGCUGCUGCUGCCAAGCGUCGUGGUCUUGGUCUGGUCAAAUUCAUUGGUGAGCUGUACAAGCUCGGCAUGUUGACGGAGCGUAUCAUGCACGAGUGUGUCAAGAAGCUGGUUGACUACGAGGGUAUCCCUGAGGAGGCCGAGGUUGAGAGUUUGGCCAGCCUGCUCCGUACCAUUGGUGCUAGUCUGGACGCCUCUGACAAGGGACGAACGAUGAUGGAUGCCUACUUCGGCCGUAUCAAUAUGAUGAUGGAGACCCCUGGUCUGCCUAGCAGACUGAGGUUCAUGCUGCUGGACAUUGUCGAUCUUCGUAAUGCUCGUUGGCAGUCCAAGGAUGCCGACAAGGGCCCCAAGACGAUCCAGGAGAUUCGUGAAGAGGCCAUGCGUCAACAGCAGGAACAAGAAAUGGAACGAAUUCGCCAGCAAUCAAACAGAGGUGGCCGUCCCACACUCGGUCGUGGUGAUGCUCGUGGGUUCUCUAGCGACUUCAGGAACCAGGCGCCGCCUCCAGACUAUGCUUCCAGUAAGGUCGGAAGCGACGAUCUCCGCAGACUCAAGACGACGAGGAAUACCAACCAACCCAUGUCGUUCGGACCCUCCAGCAUGUUCGGCUCUCGCAGCAGCAGCGGCCGCAAGAACCUGGGCCCUGGUGGCAAUCUGGUUCGCGGCAGCGAUGACAGCGCAGCCAGCAGCCGGGCUGGAACGCCCCCCGCAAAGAAGGAAGACAAGGAGGCUGCAUCCUCUAUUAAUGCGUUCAGCGCCCUGGCCAGCUUGGAAGACCGUGACAACAUGGCUACAUCUCCUCCAUCCAACCCAACCUCUCCCCAACUGACGAAGUCACGACCCGCCGUGAAGUCCCCCGCUAAGGAGGGCGAAGGUACGGCAUAGACGCUGAACUACAUUUCCUAUUACAUUCUUCCGGAAGACAAGAUUUUUUUUUAAAGGGGAGGCUCCCUAGAGCUCAUGCCGGCGUGGGUUAGAACA